AUGACCGACCCAACCACAACCACGAAGCCCACCGAGGGCGAAGGCGAUCCGGUAAAUGGUGAUGCAUUGCAAAAAACAAACAGCUCGACACCGACCUUAACCCCGAGAGGAAGCGACGACUGUUCAGAGAGCAAAUUAGAAGAGAAGCCAACAAUACCAGAAGAGAAGGUGACAGCUCAUAAGCCAGUAGUAACAGCCAAUGCGUCGGCAAAUGCCAGCCAACUCGACGUGUCAAAGGAAACCGAGAUGGGGGAGAAGAUCGACGUCGAGAAGCCGCCGCCACACGUACCAUCAGUCGAAAUUGACGAGGCCGAAGAGAAUUUCAACCCCAAGAGCUUCAAGUUCUGGCUUGUCAUCCUGUCCAACUUUAUUGCCUUGUUCUUGGUCGCUCUGGAUAGAACAAUUGUGGCAACGGCUAUCCCCCGUAUCACGGAUGAGUUCGGAAGUUUAGGUGAUAUCGGCUGGUAUGGCUCCGCAUACAUGCUUACAACAGCCGCUUCUCAGUUGGUGUUUGGAAGAGUAUACAAGUUCUACAACCUACGAUGGGUUUUCCUCGGCAGCAUUUUCGUCUUUGAGGUCGGCUCACUUAUUUGCGGCAUUGCACCGAAUUCAGCCACACUGAUUGCUGGCAGAGCCAUUGCUGGCGUAGGCUCCGCUGGCAUCUUUACUGGGGCCAUGAUGGUCAUGAUCCCAAUGAUUCCCUUGCAUAAGCGACCCAUGUUCCAAGGUAUCUUUGGAAUGGUGUUUGGUCUUGCAUCUGUCAUUGGGCCUUUGGUUGGCGGUGGCUUCACUGGAACUGUCACCUGGCGAUGGUGUUUCUACAUGAAUCUUCCAAUCGGAGGAGCGGCUCUAGUCUUCCUAUUCUUCAUGCUCAAAGCUCCCAAGCAGCAGCCACAAGAACCAGCAACAUUCGUUCAGCACAUCCUUCGCCUCGAUCCCUUGGGAACAUUCUUCUUCCUCCCCUCUAUUGUAUCUCUCCUCUUGGCUCUAGAAUGGGGUGGGGCUACCUAUUCGUGGAACGAUGGGCGCAUCAUCGCCCUUUUCGUUGUAUUUGGGGUCGGGUUUAGCGCCUUCGCCGCCGUGCAGGUAUUCAUGCCCAAGACGGCAACAGUUCCGGUGAGGAUCAUUGCGCAAAGAACCAUGUUGGCUGGUGCGUUUUACAUGCUGUUCUUGGCCGGAUCUAUGAUGUUGGCCGUCUACUAUCUUCCCCUCUGGUUCCAAGCCGUACAGGGAGCGAGCCCUGUGGACUCGGGCAUCAACACGCUACCGCUCGUACUUAGUAUCGUGGCAUCUUCCAUUGUCUCGGGAGGAAUGACCCAGAAGAUUGGCUAUUACGUGCCUUCCAUGAUUCUCUGCCCAUGUAUCAUGGCAGUGGGAUUGGGCCUCAUGAGUACAUUUCAGCCAGGAAUAAGUUCGGCACAUUGGAUAGGUUACCAGUUCUUGACAGGCUUCGGCCUAGGCUUCGGCAUGCAGACCGUUGGCCUCGCUGUGCAGGCGGUACUCCCCAAGGAGGAUGUAUCGACCGGCGUUUCGAUCAGUUUCUUUGCGCAGCAGCUGGGAGCGUCUGUCUUCGUUUCGGUUGGCCAGUCCAUUCUAAGCAACAUGCUGGUAUCCGAGCUUUCAGGUAUUCCUGGCCUGCCAGCUCAAACUAUUGUCAAGAUUGGUGCCACCAACUUGCACAAGGUUGUCCCGUCCCAGUUCUUAGACGUGGUGGUUCAGGCAUACAACUACGCAUGCACCAGGAUUUUCUUGGCAGGAAUGGGGCUUUCUUUUGCAACACUCAUCUGUGCUUUGUGUAUGGAAUGGAGAAACAUUAAAAAAGGAAAAAAUCGUGCGAGCAGGAUCGAGCCAGAGGCAGAAGCGUAA